UACGUUGGUAUGAACUGUGAAUUUUCAAGAUAUAACUUUACGUCCAAUCUGAAGGAAAUCAGUAGUGUAUACAGAGAAAACAUUCCAGAACGACGUUUCAGGACAUUAAAUCUUUUAUCGAGCUAUAACACGUAACGAAGAAGAUGAAUCAAACAGGCAUAUACCAUCAAGCUGCCGUCGCUUCCGGUCAACUUGAAUGCUCAGAAGUCGGUCGCGAUAUUUUGAAAGCAGGCGGAAAUGCAGUUGAUGCAGCGAUAGCGGUUAUUUUGUGCCAAGGUGUCGUCGAACCGUAUUAUUCUGGAAUAGGUGGAGGAUGUAUAAUGACUAUCUACAAUUCGUCAACAAAAUCAACCACGUCCAUCAUAGCCAGAGAAAAGGCACCCGCGGGUGCAACUCGUGAAAUGUUUUUGGAAAUGGGAGAUUAUAUCAGAGGUGCAAAGUUUAUUGCGGUACCAGGGGAACUAAAAGGCCUGGAGUACGCAUUUAUGAAAUACGGAGGAAAUUUAUCUUGGGGAGAAUUAUUCCAACCUGCAAUUGAUAAAGCUAGAAAUGGGUUUAAAGUUAGUAAGCAAAUGGCUAUAAUGUUGAAAAAUCUUUACGACAAUGUUAUAAAAAAGGAUCCGAAUUCAACAUUUAGUGAUGUUUAUUGCACUGAAGAUAAAACUGGAGUUAAACAAGAAGGAGAUACAGUGAAAAAUCCUCUACUUGCUGAUACACUAGAAAAGAUACAAAAACAAGGCAUAGAUGUUUUCUACAAUGGUGAAAUUGCUGAUAAUAUGAUUCAUGAAAUUCAAUGUCAAGGGGGAAUUCUGACAAAGCAAGAUUUAACAGAUUAUUCAGUGCUUGAAAAACCUACAAUCACGAUGAAACUUGCUAACGCUGGAUAUACAAUGCAUGCGCCGCCGUUGCCUUCAGGUGGACCAGUGUUGGGCUCAAUCCUUUCUGUUAUGGAUUUAUUUAACAUGAAACCGGAUGAUUACAAAAGGAACCCUGCAUUGCAGUGUCAUCGUACUGAUGAAGCCUUCCGACAUGCUUUUGGUGCCCAAUACAGCAUGGGGGAUCCCGAUUAUGAUCAAACUGUAUUGAAUAUUCAAAAUCAAAUUGUAUCAGGAGAUUAUUCGCGUUCUGCUCGGAAUAAAAUUCUUGAUGAUAGAACGUUUCAUGAUCCUGUAUAUUAUGGUGCAAAGAUUUUGGACUCUCAUAUGUCAUCCACCGUGCAUAUAUCAGUGAUUGACCCAGACAAAAACGCUGUCGCUUUAACUUCAACGAUAGAUUUUAUAUGGGGAUCUCGAAUAAUGUCGCCUUCUACAGGAAUCGUAUUUAACAACGAAAUGGCAGAUUUUUCGUAUCCAAAUGGCGACAAUGAACAUGAUUCUCAUUUGUCUGCGACAAACCAAAUAGAGGGAGGUAAACGUCCAUUAUCUUGUAUGACGCCUGCUAUAUUUCUGGACAGCAAUGGCGAUCCUGCUUUUAUCAUUGGGGGUUCGGGAGGUUUCCGAAUUCCAGGAGCAGUGGCCAAUGUUAUGCUUAAAUCCUUGUAUUUUGGUAUAAAUGAUAUUGGUGAUGCAAUAAAAGACAAACGAUUUCAUGAUUUUUUGGUACCGGAUGUUCUUUAUUACGAAGCUGGUUUCGAUGGUGAAAUUAUUCAAAACUUGGAAGACAUGGGACACAACGUUGAGGAAGCAUGUAAAAUGGGCCGAGUGAAUGCAAUCAAAUGUGACUCUUCCGCUAUCUACGCAUUUUCUGACACUCGUGACAAAGGAGCAGAAGCUAGCGGCUGGUAGAAAAAUUGCCAUCACCAAUUUCAAAGGGAUUUGCAACGUUUUUUUUUACAAAAACAGAGCUUUAUCAGUCAGUCCAUCACUCGCAUUUUUAAUAUGAGUGCUACUUGUCUUGCUUCGAGCUGCUAUUUGUUUUGCCUAAUCACCUUAAUAUAUAUAUAUAUUAUAAGCAAAUUGCUUUCAAUAAGUUAUAUUAAACAUAUAUUUGGUCUUGCUAAAUUGGAAAGUUAUUUUUAAUCGAAAAUAUCAGAUUCUCAAUUUUCAACAGUUUACAAAAGCAGGGGUAAAGUGAUAUGACCUUUGGCUGAAAAUAAAUUUUACAGCUAUAAAAACAUGUAAAGCUAUUUUCCAUAGAAAACAGCUCUUGUCUUGGUUUGAUUUAUCUGUUUCACAGUCAUCUGGCCCAAUUGCUGUAAUGCUGUACAUCAGGGGUGGCCAACAAGUCGAUCGCCACGUCUCGAAUAGUCGAUCGCGUCCAACGACUAACAUACCGAUCGCGUCUGAUGUUGAGUGAAGUUAAUAACAUACCUACCAGAAUUGUUUUGAACCAGUUUCCUUCAGCGUAUGUUGUGUGUUUUAAAACAGCAAUAAUACAGCACUGUACACGCGCAAAAUACCAUAUACACAUGCAGUAUUUGAGUCUGGCAACAGGCAAGCCUGAUAGAGCAUAUUAGUAACAAAUGC